CAGCUAUAUAAGUACAUCUAACUUUUAGAUCCAAAUUAAAUUUCUCAAAAAAAAAAAAAAAAACCGAAAGAAAAAAAGCCUCAGCCUCUAUUAUUUAUUUCACAAGCACCAAAGCAACAAGGAGCAGCAGAAGAAGACGAAGCGAUUCUAUUUUUCCCUUUAGUCCGUCAUCAGAGUCUGAUCGACGCUGGGAUUUCGGCCGAUCUUCUUCCCGUUUCUCCUCCAUCACUCUAUUCAAAUCUCCAAUUAAUUUGCUGAAAAACAGAGAUUUAUGCAUGUUAAUGUGAUUGAGAUUAGAGUAGAUGGGGCACAGGAAGAAAAACGUUGCUCCAAGAUCAAAACAAGCGCCCGAGCUGACUCCCAAUAAUGCGAAGAUCGAUGUAUUGGCGCUUCCACUUGAAUCCGAUUAUGGUUCUCCCUCUUCCUCGCAGUCGUCCUAUGCGGCGGUUAAGGGGGAGUGUGAACGAGCCCUAACGGCACUCCGACGUGGCAAUCAUACCAAAGCGCUUCGGUUGAUGAAAGAUUCGUGUACUCGUCAUGAGAACUCGGUUCAUGCGGCGCUAAUCCACCGCGUUCAAGGCAGGGUCUGCGUGAAAGUGGCAUCCAUCAUCGAUGACUCUAACGCCAAGCAGCGGCAUUUGAAGAACGCUAUCGAUUCGGCCAAAAAAGCUGUGGAAUUGUCUCCGAACUCGAUCGAAUUUGCUCAUUUUUAUGCUAAUUUACUGUACGAAUUAGCCAACGAUGCGAAAGAGUAUGAAGUGGUGAUUCAAGAAUGUGAACGCGCAUUGGCCAUUGAGAAUCCGGUGGAUCCCGCCAAAGAAAGCUUGCAAGAAGAGAGUCAACAGAAAAUAUCAACCGCGGAGGCAAGAAUUUUGCACGUGCAGAGUGAGCUGAAGUCAUUGAUACAGAAAUCGAAUAUCGCUUCAAUUUCUAAUUGGAUGAAGAAUUUAGGGAGUGGAGAAGAGAAGUAUAGGGUCAUUCCGCUUAGGAGACUACCCGAGGAUCCUAUGGAGGUUAGGUUAGUACAAGCGAGAAGACCUAACGAGAUUAAGAAAGCUACAAAGACGCCAGAAGAAAGAAGGAAAGAGAUUGAGGUUAGAGUUGCUGCUGCUAGAUUGUUGCAGCAGCAGAAAUCUGACGCAGCCUCUUCUUCUCCAGUGUUGCAGGGUGAGGGAGAGAGGAACGGACUGGAUUUUACUUCCGGAGGUGGACAAAGGGGAGGAGCAGAUAGGAGGAGGAAGAAUAGUUCUACAGCUGAAAGGAGAGAUUGGGUUCGAUCGUUUUGGAAUUCAAUGAGUGUUGAUUCGAAGAAAGAUUUGCUUAAGAUUAGGGUUAGUGAUCUCAAAGCAUAUUUUGGUUUGUUGAAAGAUGGGUUGGCGAGCGAGGUCUUAUCAGAGGCUUUAGCAUUUGCUGAGGUUAAUAAGACUUUUAAGUUUUGGGUUUGUUGUAGAUGUAGUGAGAAGUUUGCGGAUUCAGAGUCUCACAUGCAGCAUGUUGUUCAGGAACAUAUGGGGAACCUCAUCCCUAAAAUGCAGACUGUUCUGCCACAAAGUGUUGAUAAAGAGUGGAUAGAGAUGCUCCUUAACUGUUCUUGGGAUCCCCUGGAUAUUUCUGCUGCAGUUAAAAUGAUUGACAACCAGCCUAAAUUUGGUGAGCCGGAGUUUUCUCAUGAUUUUUACUCACGGAACCGUAAUGAAGAUAGUGAUGAUUGCCUCAAAGAUGUGAGUGAUAAGGAAAAUUUUAGGGAUCCCUACAAUUGUGGUAGUUUUAAGGGCAAUGAUUGUGACAAAGUUCAUAACAUUGAAUGCAAAGAAUGUGAUGGAAACCAGGGUUCUGUAGCAUAUCCCCUUAUGAAUAGUUGGCCGACAGUGGAUGAUGCUGAGCGUGCCAAGCUGCUUGAAAGAAUCCGUGCUACUUUUGAACUGCUUAUUAGACAUAACUACCUUGCUGCUGGCCAUCUUAACAAGGUGAUACAGUUCACAAUGGAUGAGUUGCAGAGUAUGGUUUCUGGUUCUCAGCUUCUGAAUUACGGUGUAGAUCAGAGUCCCAUGUGCAUUCGUUUUUUAGGAGCUACACAACUUAGAAAAAUCCUCAAAUUAUUGCAGGAUAUAUCUCAUUCUUGUGGUCUGGCUAGAUAUUCUGAGAAGACUGCUACUAUGGAUGAUGUGAAUGGUGCUGCUGAGGUUCUUGAGGUUAAAGAGAAGAUUAUUCUUAGUGCAGAUGCUUCCUGUCUACUCCUGGAUGAACAUUUAUUGCCUGAUGCAGCAAUAGAAGAUGCUACUCAAGGCAAUGUUAAUGGUAGCAAUGGAAAUGGGGUUUUACAGGAUGCUGAUGCUCUGCUGUCCUGGAUAUUUGCAGGCCCCUCAAGUGGGGAUCAAUUGGCAUCAUGGAUGCGCAUGAAAGAAGAGAAAACGCAGCAAGGACUUGAAAUGCUUCAGAUGCUGGAGAAGGAAUUUUAUCACCUACAGAGCCUUUGUGAGAGAAAAUGUGAUCAUAUAAGCUAUGAGGAAGCACUGCAGGCUGUGGAGGAUCUCUGUCUUGAAGAAGGUAAGAAGAGAGAGACUUCCACUGAAUUUAUUCAUAGAAGCUAUGAAUCUGUCCUUAGGAAGCGAAGAGAAGAACUUGUUGAGAAUGAAAGUGAUGUUAUGUUCCUCAGCGGCAGAUUUGAGUUGGAUGCUAUAUCAAAUAUUUUAAAAGAAGCAGAAGCACUGAAUGUCAAUCAAUUUGGCUACGGGGAUACUUAUGCUGGUUUGACUUCUCAGUUAUGUGACUUGGAAUCUGGUGAAGAUGAUGACUGGGGAGCUAAGGAUUAUCUGCAUCAAGUGGACACCUGCAUAGAGGUUGCCAUUCAGAGACAGAAGGAACAAUUAUCAGUUGAGCUUAGCAAAAUUGAUGCACGAAUUAUGCGAAAUGUUACUGGGAUGCAGCAGUUGGAAGUCAAACUUGAGCCUGUGUCUGCGCAUGAUUACCAAUCAGUGUUGUUGCCUUUAGUGAAAUCAUACUUGAGGGUACACUUGGAGGAUCUGGCCGAGAAAGAUGCCAUUGAGAAGUCUGAUGCUGCAAGAGAAGCUUUUUUAGCAGAGCUUGCGCGUGACUCUAAGAAGAGUAUUCGAGGGGGAAAUGAUAAUUCCAGACAUUCACAGGAUAAAAGCAAGGAUAAGAAAAAGAACAAGGAGUUCCGAAAAUCCAAGGACUCAAAGGUUUCUGGUGGAAAUGAGCUGCAUAUACUUACUGAUGAGACUGCUGAGCAAGUUUCUUUGGCAGUUGCUUCUGAUGGUGAUCAUCUAGAUUCUGAAGUUGUUUCUGUGAAUAGUGAUGACUUGAAACAACAAGAAGAGGAAUUGAGACGAAAAAUUGAGCUUGAAGCAGAGGAAAGAAAGCUUGAAGAGACUUUGGAGUAUCAAAGACGGAUUGAGAAUGAGGCUAAACAGAAGCACCUUGCCGAGCAAAAUAAAAAAACCAAUCAAGCAUAUGCAAAGAAUGCACCAGAUAGUUUGCGUGAUGCUUACUUGGAAGUAGGUGAUCUAGAUAUUCAGGAACAUUUGGCACCAAGGAACGGGGUUGUAAACAAUUGGAAUAGCAUACCAGUGAGCAAUGCCAAUGGUUCAGUUGUGCCAGUAACUCAUAAUAAAUUUAAACAAGGACUAUCUAAUGGUUCAGUCUCAGAGGAUGGUCUUUUGCCUAGUGAAAGACGGACAGGAAGAAAGGGUAGACGACAUAAGAGUUCCAACAAAUUUCUUGAUGGAAAGUCUCCAGUAGCAUCUUCUGAAAAGGAAAGUAUUCAAGUUGGAAGUUCUCAUGUCCAUGUAGAAGAGCAAGUUAGAUAUGUCGAUGGUGUCCCCGUUGUUUCCAUCUCUGGAGAAGGCAAUACAAAGACUUUAGGACAACUGCAAGCUCAGGAAGAUGAUGAAGAAAGGUUCCAAGCUGACCUUAAGAAGGCAGUUCGCCAAAGCCUUGACACAUACCAAGCGCAAAGAGUACCUUUGCAAGUAAACAAUCAUAUUGUCUCACCAAAUGAUGUCUCCAAUGAAGCUUUGAAUGAAACUGUUGUGUUUGGUACUGGCCUCCAGAAUGAAGUUGGUGAAUAUAAUUGUUUUCUGAAUGUUAUAAUACAGUCUUUAUGGCACUUGAGACGGUUUCGUGAUGAAUUCUUGCGGAGAUCGACAUCAGAUCAUGUUCAUGUGGGAGAUCCAUGUGUUGUCUGUUCACUAUAUGAAAUUUUCAUUGCCCUGAACAUUGCAUCUACUGAUGCACGGAAAGAACCUGUUGCCCCUACAUCACUUAGAAUAGCUCUUAGCAACUUGUAUCCAGAUAGUAACUUUUUCCAAGAGGCUCAGAUGAAUGAUGCUUCUGAAGUAUUGGCUGUAAUAUUUGAUUGCCUUCAUCGCUCUUUUACUUCUGGUUCGAGCGAUUGUGAUGCUGACUCUGGGGACAGCCACUGCACUGGCUCCUGGGAUUGUGCAAACAAUGAUUGUAUAGUGCAUUCCCUUUUCGGGAUGGAUAUAUUUGAGCGAAUGAACUGCUACAGUUGUGGUCUGGAGUCCAGACAUUUGAAAUACACUACUUUCUUUCAUAAUAUAAAUGCCAGUGCACUGCGAACAAUGAAGGUUAUGUGUGCAGAAAGUUCCUUUGAUGAGCUUUUAAAUCUUGUGGAGAUGAACCAUCAGUUAGCAUGUGAUGCAGAGGCUGGUGGCUGUGGGAAGCUCAACUAUAUCCACCACAUUCUCUCAAAUUCACCAUCUGUUUUCGCGACAGUUCUUGGAUGGCAGAAUACCUGUGAAAGUGCUGAUGACAUAGCAGCAACACUUGCUGCCUUAAACACUGAAAUAGAUAUUAGUGUCCUUUAUCGCGGUCUUGAUCCGAAAAACAAGCAUAAUCUAGUCUCAGUGGUUUGCUAUUACGGGCAACACUAUCACUGUUUUGCCUAUAGUCAUGAUCGUGAAAGAUGGAUUAUGUACGAUGACAAAAUUGUCAAGGUAAUUGGUAGCUGGGCUGAUGUCAUUACAAUGUGUGAGCGGGGGCACUUGCAACCUCAGGUUCUAUUCUUUGAAGCUGUAAAUUAAAAAAAUGGUUGGAUCUUGUUACGACAUUUGAUACACCAGAUAGCCUUGAACUUCUUAACGAGGGUUUGGCAUCUGAUUGCUUUUGGUGGUAAGAUGUUCAUAGUCACAUUGCAGCUUACACCAAUGCUGUUUAUACCGUAUAAACAUGCAAAAUUGAUAUCAAAGAAAGUUUGAGAAGUUUUGGUUUGUUAAGAAAAUCUUGAGAUGUGAUAUAAAAGGAAGAGUUUCAGGAUAAAAUGUGUUUUUGUAGGAGAAAGUGGUGUUUUUGAGGGAAGAAAUGAUGUAACAAGUAGAUAUUCUUGGAAAUUGAGGAAAUUGGACAAACGGAAGAGCAUGAAGUUAGUCUUGUCUUUUUUAGGUACUUAUGCCCUUAUGCCUCCAAAUUCAUUUUCUUUCCCAAUAAGGUGGCUUUGGGUUCGGUUCAGUUAAUACAAUUGGGUGACGAUGAAUGGCAUUGAAGGAGCAAAUAGCAUAUAAUAGUGCAAAGAGGAAUGCCCAGUUUUUAGGAGGAUACGUGAAUUGUUGGGGGGGGGGGGUGAGUGGAAGUUAUUAGAUUCAAAAAAGAAAAGUGGUAGAUUUAGAUGGGUGGUUUGGGUUCCUUCCAAAGAUUGUUUCCCCCAAUAGUUGAAAGAUGGUUUUGUAUAGAUCAGCAUCAGGGCAAUUAGGGUCUUUCAUUCAACUAUUGAUGAUAUAGUCAAAUUUUAUUUUCAUCCUGAUGUUGAUGAGGUUACAUUACAUUACAUGGUGAUUUUUAUGAAUUUUUGUUUUAAUUACCCAAUUAGUAGCUACCAUCCCCUCCCUCUCAAAUUCCGAAUAUAUUUCGUGCUGUAGUCAUUUUGCAUUUAUGUCUAAGCAGAUUUAUGUUAGUAUUUGAAAUAUAAAUCUGCAGUAAUGGGUACAAAUAUAUGGUGCAUCAGAAAUUACACUUGGACUUGUGUUGUGCUCAUGUAUUUCCAUGUGUUAUAAUCAUGUUUAAAGUUUUAUAUGCGUAAUGCAAAUAUUGAUAUGUUAAUAACUUGUUAUAUAAA